UGAUAUCUGACACAGUCGUCUGGGGUUAGGCCUAGCCUGACUGACUUUUAACACGUUAUUUAAACCGUAUAAGUAAAUUGAAAUUCUGAUAUAAAGAGAAAAAAUGUGUUCCCAAAAUGUUGAGCUUGGUUUUGUGGAAAAGAUCGAUAGUUGGAGGCUUUCCUCACAUUUCUUUCCAAGUAAGGUUGGUGGUAAGCCAGCCUGGCUGGCGUUAAAGGGUCUACCCGUCAGUGAGCGGACUAGCUGCCCUUUAUGCGGUGAGCCGUGCGUAUUUCUGUUGCAAAUCUACUGUCCCAUUUCGGGUGAUGGAAGAUGUUUUCAUCGAGCAUUUUUUGUGUUCUGUUGCAAGAAUGCAGCAUGCCACACCAAGGCUAACAGUGAUAAGGUGCCAUUCCUAGUGUUUCGAAAUCAACUUCCAAGAUCGAAUGAAUUCUAUAGUAGUGAGCCACCGGAUGAGGGGCAGAUGCCUGAUGGAAGUGAACCCAGACUUGAAACUUUUGGUACAUGUGUAUGCGAGGUCUGCCAUUGCUUAGCGACUAAAAAAUGCUCAAAAUGCAAAGUAACGUCUUAUUGCAGUAGAAGUCACCAAGUAAUUAAUUGGAAACAGGGUCACCGUGAAACAUGUGGUACUAUUGGGGGUACAGGGUCACACAAGCCAAACGCACCAACUAUGGUUCUGUUCCCUGAAUUUGAAGUGGUAAUGGAAACAGAAGAGCAGGAAAUCAAACCAGUAUUAACUAAACCAGAGGAUAAACUUCUGAACGAGUAUUCUCAACAGAUGGCAAAUGAUGAAGGAAAGAAAACUGCAGCUUUAACAUUUGAUGAGAAGGAACUUGAGGGCAUGGCAUAUGGUGAGGAGGACAAACAAUUUAGAAAAUUUAAAGAAAAAACAGAAAUGGAACCUGAGCAGGUUCUGCGCUAUCAAAGAGGUGGUCAACCAUUGUGGGUGUCUUCAGAAGGACAACCAAAAGAGAGCGAUAUUCCUAAAUGCCAUUGUGGGGCUAACCGGCAGUUUGAAUUCCAGAUAUUACCUCAGCUGUUGGUAUAUAUGAAUGUUGACAGUAUUCAAGAUAGCAUUGACUGGGGCACUCUCUUAAUCUACACAUGUUCCAACAGCUGUGAUGAGGGACUUGCCUACAAAUCGGAGUUCCUAUGGCGACAGAAUUACAGCAACACUUCAUUACCUAAGGCAACUUGAUUCUGUAUUUAAUGGAAGAAAGUUACAGUGGGUUUGGCACAAUAGAAAGCUUUCACUACCUUGUUUGAAAAUCGAUUGCAAAAUCUUCCUGUUCCUGUUUGCAUACUCGUACAAAAAAUAGUGUUCUUUCACUGUCUCGUUUUCGCAUUCCCUGAGACCUGAACACACUUGGUCUGUUGCUGUGAACAUGCACUCCCUUGGACCGUGGGGACUCACAGUUGCUGCAAUGGUAAGGUGUGAUAGAGAAAGUUUAGGAUGACAACACACAGGUCAGCAAAUGAGUAAUUACAGUAAUAUUCUUGGGUUAGCAACACAGACGUUCCAAGACAAAACAAUGUAAAUUUACAAAAAUAUAAAAGUAGUAACCUUGUUUUGCUGGACAUCUCUAUGAUGGCAUAUUUUGCUUCUCUCAAUAUUAAAUAUAAUAUUCAUUUUUAAGCAACCAAUUACAUUGCUUUAGUUGGCUGGAGAAUGGUUUUGCAAAAUCAAUAUUGUUUGUACACUAUCAGAGGGGAGGGAGGGGGUACCAAAAAAUGAGUACUGUUUACACUUGUGAAAAUGUUGAUAAUUGUGAAUAGCCCCUUAGCUGUCAACAGACUACAAUGGAUUUGGCCAUUUGCGUUUACCAGACGAAUGUAUGACAUUGUACCGAAUGUUAACUUGGAUGCAUCCGAGAACUGAUGUGAUUGUUGGUACUCAGUAACUCUUCCAAAAUCAUGAGGUUGAAUACAUCUACAAAGUGUUUGAUCUUGGGUAACUCAUUUUUCCACUUCUGCCAACUCUUUAUUUAGCAGAUAUUUAGGCAAUGGCCAUCCCAACUAAGAUCCCGCCUACUUAGUUCCUGAAUUAUUACCUUUGCCUUUAGCGUGAAAGGACAAAUAUAGCCAUGAGGGUCAUACAGUACGUAGAGCUAAAAUACUCAGGAAUCCCCUUCUUGUAAGACGGUUUUCCAGUUUUUAGAUUUCAUAGCGAAGGUAAUCUCUUCGAGUCUACACAACUCCAGACUGACCAAUGUGGCAUCUAUAGCGCUAUAAUUUCUCCUAUAUAAAGUGGUUAAAUACAACGUUUGUCUCGUCCCAAUGACAUUCACUUGCUUAGCAAGCUUCUGUGAGCAGAAAGUAUUGAUAGAACUGUUUUCAAAAGGCAUACAUGUUAAUGUAACCACAGAUUCUCGCACUUGCACAGGCACAAAUAGUCAAAGCUACUUUCAUUUUCCAGCCCUUGGCUAGGUUACAGUAUGCACUACAUUCUGUUCUGGUAAACCCGGUCUGAAUUGGUAACUGUAAAGUUGGUUUGCUAGCAACAGAUAUAUGUUGUCAGUGAGUGGUCUAUGUAAACAUUUUGUGUACUUUUGUGCGAUUACUGUUUGGACAUGUGGCUUCUCAACCUUCCUCCUACUCUGAUUACAUCAUUCUCAACUUCCAACAUGGGAUCUAAAUUGCUGUAAUUCUUAAAACAUGUGUAAAUGUCAAUUGUAUUUAUUUUAGGUGGUCAUGUACUAUACAUUGUGUAAGACCCAACUUGGAAUAGCUGCCUUUUAACAAAAUAUUUAAAUUUUUAGGUGUGAUUUGGUCUAUACCCGUACGCAUCACUUGGUCAGUUGUGGUGGAUAUAUAUUUUAGGUGUCCAUACACCCCCUCCAUCUUCUUGAAUCUGGACUCUAGCCUAUAUACAGUUUUGUCUAUUCCGAUUGUUUAUUUCGACCAUUUCUUACGAAGCAUAUUUAAACCUCUUUAGUAACGAUCGCACAACUUUUGUGUAGUUAUUAGAACUUUUUUCUAAGCUCUUGCUCUUCAUUCUGCUGUGCCUUUUUUGUGAAUACUUUAUUUUUACACUUUUUCAGACAUUAUGCUCAUUUAUUAGUUUGGAGGUUACAUCUGUUUCUUUAACUUCAUAAGUUUGGAUCUUGAACUAAAGAUAACUUAUAAAGUAAAACUAUAGAGAGCAGUUGACCUAACGUAAAUUUUAUAAAUAACCAUUAUAAAUAAACUGUUCCAAAUCAAUCACACCCUUCACUCGCCAUCCAUAGUGAAGCGCACAGUGCGCGUCGGCCCAUCAUUGAGAGCGUAUUUAGUGAAUUAAAUUGCACUGCUUGCAAAAUGUUAUCGUAAUGCAUCAAUCCUUUGCGUUCGGGCCCCUAGAGGCAUUAUCCGCAUGAUUCAACCCACUCCGCACAUAUCGCCACUGUUUGACUCUGAUUCACUGUGUAUCACUGACAGUCUGUUACUGACGAAUGUUUUGAAUCGUUUUUUCCUCAUUUUUAAUAUACGGUAUUGCAAAACGAUCAUGCUGUCUGUCAAAAAUGUUGAAUGCCAUAUAGUCCACUUGUCGUCUAACCAUCUUAUCCAGGCAACAGUUGCUGCCAUCAACUUUAGCCUGGGGAUAGUAACCCUUUUUAUUGGGCAAAGACAGCAUCUUGCAGUCGACAAGGAACAAUGAACACUACCUUCCGAUUUGUUCGUCCUAUUGUAAGUGACUGCCCCAUAUGCCUUGCUUCUAAAACGUCUGAAAAAUGAUGUAACUAAUAAUAUUCAAUUUCCUUCCCAAGUUAUGGGGCUGAAUACAUCUGUUGAGUGUAAAUUGUCCAACAAAAGAGUCUGCCAGUAGUGGAUCGUCUCACUCUAGCUUCCGCUCACUUGGUUCCUGCAUCAAAACUGUUGCCUUUAGUGUAAAUGUUGAUGUUGUGGAUUGUAAGUUGAGCUUAAUGUGCUUAGCAAUCUCCUUCUAGUUUCGGGAUUAUACUUUACCUUUAUUUUGAAGUCGAAAGAGCCAAGUUCCACAUCCAAAUGUACGCAUAGAGCUUUCUCAGCUGGUAAAGCUUCACAACUUAAAUCUAAACAUUUCACCUGUUUUGCUCUUUCCUCUUCUGGAACCGAUUGUAUGGUCGUUGGACAGUUGGUCACUCUGUCAACCUGAACCCUCAUCUGGCAAGGAGACUCCUUAGUUCACUAACUCAAUAUUCAACAGCACUCUCCACAGAGAUUAGACAGUCAUCGACGUGUGGAACUCUCUGCUCACACUUCUAACUGUAUCCGUCCUGUAAUACUGUUUGUUAUCUUCUUUAGUCCACCCCAGAGCUAAUGCACAACAACUCUGACUCUACCGGAGGUAUCUCAGGACAUUUCUAUCUGCCGUUGGCUCCCUAGCCUGAUAGAACAUCAUCUGUACAUCAACUAUCACAGCAAAUGGAUACCUCCCAAACCGCAGUAAAAUACCCAGUGGAUUAUUAGUAAAGUCAGGUCCUUAAAAAAUCUCAUCAUUUAAAUAUAUUCCACUAUGUUUGGCAAUCAAAGACAAUUCUUACCUUGUCCUCUUCUUUCGGCACAGGGCUAUGCAGUAGAUACCAAACACCACAGGUUUUCGGAGGCUUACUGUCUGGAACAACUUCUGAAUGGCCAUCCUCCAAGAAACGGUUCAUCGACUUACCGUAUAGGUCAUAGAAGGAUUACUUUUCAGCCAUCCCCUCUUAGUCUCAGUUCAGCACUCAAACAGUUGUUAGGCAAGUUCGGCGUUCCGCUUUCGAAUGGUAUCGACCCUUGAUAAUGUCCUUCGGUAUACAUUAUAAUUUUUGCCCAUACAUCAACUGCUUUCUUGUCAUUGACAGACAGUCCUCUUGUAUCAUCCCCAUAACAAUUAGGAUUUUCGAAAAACUGAAAAAAUAUCUAACCUGCUGUUCGGGAGUAACAAAGUGUGAUGACACAGUUUUACUAGUUCUGCUGCCAACAGGGCCACUUACACCCCAGCCUAACUGGGUUCUUGUUGCAUAGCGUUAUCCUCGCUUUCCUGAUCGAACCUCUAAGACAAAGGGAAGUAGAGCCUCUGGAACAUGUAUGGCUUACGAUUAACAACAGUCUGCUUGGUAAUUAAAUGGCUUGUGAUGUUUUUAUUUAUUGUUUGUUAGUUGGGGCAUUUUCCAUGACUUAUUUAUUAGUUGGUUCUUUUUUAUAUCAUCAGAUGUAGGCAUAUUUACAUCAUUGUAAACAUUCACUUCAACGAAACAUAUGAUAGGGUUUUAUUUUAAAAUCAUUAAUGAAGAAUAGUUAUAUUGAUAUGCCAGAGGCAGAUCCAGAAUUGUUCAAACAAUAAGCGAGUAGCGCUUAUUUCAAUACAUAACAUUGACAUGCACUGAAAUUUUAAAAUUUAGUGGCAACGUUCCCCUUCUUGAUCCGGUAGUUGAUUUGUUUGAACUGGCAGCCAACGUGUUGGCUGCUCUGUUUUACAAUCUGCAGAAACUGCAGAUGGGAUGUACCAAAGAUAGAAUGCAAACGUACGUAUAGGUUCAUAUGACCAGUUAAUUACAAUUACUUCAUAAUUUAUAAGACAAGAACACAUUAUUGAUCCACAAAGGGAAACUCAAUGCUCUUCAAAUUCGUAUACAAUAUAAAUAUAAAUCCUUAAGACCUAAACAUACAAGUUCGACAAAUCAUCUUAACGCUAUCCACCUAAUUAAAGUAUCUCACCAUUCAUUUUGCUGAAUUUUGUAUGGGCGUGGUCCAUAACUGCCUAAAGAGGCGCUUAUAAUAGUAGCCACAUGUUCACAUCAUUCCACAGCGACAGGGGCUGAAAUAAACCAUAGCAUCGGGGUACUACCCCUAAUCUUUCGAAAGGUGCAAUGGGUUCUUUAAAGUGCACACGAGCCAGGCGUGUACAUAAUCUCUGGACCUCCAUUUUAAGUCCUUAUCCGAGAAGACAUGGUUUUACCAACCGAUUCAUUGUCGAGGUCCGAGGAACGGCUCGAACUAGCACCGAUGUUAAGGCUUAUAAGGGUUACCGCUCGGCCACUUGCGAAAGAAAACAAACAUUGAAAAGGCUAGAGCAUAGACAAGCAGUAAAAUAAAUGAAGUACACUGCUUAUUAACUCAUCUAAGAUCAUUAGGGUUUUAGGUUAGGUACAAGCGGAAUAUGAUCAUAUUAUUUUGUAAUUAAGAAAAUCGGAUCUAAUAAUUUUUUUUUGUAGUUUUUAACAUAAAACACUUCAAAUUAUGAAAAAUGCCUAAGAUCCGCACCUCGAUCUCACAAGGCUUCCCCCCCCCCCCCUUCCUGGAGCCAUUUUGGUGUCUCUACAAAUUCGCACCUACCAAAUAAAAAUCCUGCGUACGGGCCUGCAAUCUUCAAACUUUAACCCAAAGCUAACCAUAGUGGAGCCCCACUGUGCCUAAUCGAUUGGAAUAUGCAUAAAAAAAAUGAAUACAUUAUCGCCUUAGACUGACGUUUUCAGAAGUGGAUGAGUGUUUUCCGAGCUUAACUUGACUACUUUUACUGUGAUAAUGUCUAGACUGGUUAGGAUACGAAAAGGAAUUUGAGCAUGAUCUUUGUGUACUAGAUAAAAACGUUUUAAGACUAGAAUAAACUUCGUUUCACCAGA